CACUCAUGCAUUCCUGUCAAGUCAUCUUGUGAAAGGCAGCCGGCUUCCAGCUUGGCUUGGAUGUGCAACCUUAAUAAAACUCACUGAGGUCUGGGAGAAAAUAGCAGAUCUGCAGCAGAUAGGGUAGAGGAAAGGGUCUAGAAUAUGUACACGCAGCUGACUCAGGCAGGCUCCACGCUGAACAGUCACACAGGGAGGAAACAAUAAAUCUCAGCUACUAUGCAAUAAAUAUCUCAAGUUUUAACGAAGGAAAAACUAUCAUUACAGUGAAAUAAAAAAAAUAACAUUUUAGAACAAAGCUAACAAAUGGCUAGUUUUCUAUGAUUCUUCAAACGCUUCCUUUGAGGGGGAAACAGUCAAAGCAACAAGCAGUUUUACCUGAAAUAAAGAACUAGUUUAAAGGUCAGAAGGAAGGAGCGAGUUUUGCGAGAGGCACGGCGGCAGAGCGCGGGGAGUUACAAUGACAGUUUUCCUUUCCUUUGCCUUCCUCGCUGCCAUUCUGACUCACAUAGGGUGCAGCAACCAGCGCCGAGGUCCAGAAAACGGAGGGAGAAGAUACAACCGGAUUCAACAUGGGCAGUGUGCCUACACUUUCAUUCUUCCAGAACACGACGGGAACUGUCGUGAGAGUACGACAGACCAGUACAACACAAACGCUCUGCAGAGAGACGCGCCACACGUGGAACCGGAUUUCUCUUCCCAGAAACUUCAACAUCUGGAGCAUGUGAUGGAAAAUUAUACUCAGUGGCUGCAAAAACUUGAGAAUUACAUUGUGGAAAAUAUGAAGUCGGAGAUGGCCCAGAUACAGCAGAAUGCAGUUCAGAACCACACGGCCACCAUGCUCGAGAUAGGAACCAGCCUCCUGUCGCAGACCGCAGAGCAGACCCGAAAGCUGACAGAUGUUGAGACCCAGGUACUAAAUCAAACGUCUCGACUCGAAAUACAAUUGCUGGAGAAUUCAUUGUCCACAUACAAGCUAGAGAAGCAACUUCUUCAACAGACAAAUGAAAUUCUGAAGAUCCAUGAGAAAAACAGUUUACUAGAGCAUAAAAUCUUAGAAAUGGAGGGAAAGCACAAGGAAGAGUUGGACUCCUUAAAGGAAGAGAAAGAGAACCUUCAAAACUUGGUUACUCGCCAAACAUAUAUAAUCCAGGAGCUGGAGAAACAAUUAAACAGAGCCACCACCAACAACAGUGUCCUUCAGAAGCAGCAGUUGGAACUGAUGGACACGGUCCACAACCUCGUCAGCCUCUGCACUAAAGAAGGUGUUUUACUAAAGGGAGGAAAAAGAGAGGAAGAGAAACCAUUUAGAGACUGUGCAGAUGUAUAUCAAGCUGGUUUUAAUAAAAGUGGAAUCUACACUAUUUAUAUUAAUAAUAUGCCAGAACCCAAAAAGGUAUUUUGUAACAUGGAUCUUAACGGGGGAGGCUGGACUGUAAUACAACAUCGUGAAGAUGGCAGUUUGGAUUUCCAAAGAGGCUGGAAAGAAUAUAAAAUGGGUUUUGGAAAUCCCUCUGGUGAAUACUGGCUGGGGAAUGAGUUCAUUUUUGCCAUAACCAGUCAGAGGCAGUACACACUGAGAAUCGAGCUGAUGGACUGGGAGGGAAACCGAGCCUAUUCCCAAUACGACAGAUUCCACAUAGGAACUGAAAAGCAGAACUACAGGUUGUAUUUAAAGGGCCACACAGGGACAGCAGGAAAACAGAGCAGCCUGAUCUUACAUGGUGCUGAUUUUAGUACUAAAGAUGCUGAUAACGACAAUUGUAUGUGCAAAUGUGCCCUGAUGCUCACAGGAGGCUGGUGGUUUGAUGCCUGUGGUCCCUCCAAUCUAAAUGGAAUGUUCUAUACUGCGGGACAAAACCAUGGAAAACUGAACGGGAUAAAGUGGCACUACUUCAAGGGGCCCAGUUAUUCCUUACGCUCCACAACUAUGAUGAUUCGACCUUUGGAUUUUUGAAAGCACAAUGUCAGAAGCAACUCUCAACCAAGAAAUCUGGAGAAGCAACCAGAUGAGAAACUGAUUGGAAGCUUCUAAGGCAGCGGUUCUCAACCUAUGGGUCGCGACCCCUUUGUAACAAUGAAAAUGCAUCGUGGCAUUCGGAAGGUUGAGAACCACUGUUCUAAGGCAAACAAUAUUGUUUCCAGCAACAAGUGGUAGUUAUGUGACAUCACCAUUGUUCUUAUCUCUGGAUUAGGAGCCUUUCGAGUUCACAAAAGUCUACCUGGGGUCCCUGUAUUCAUAUGGCUUGACUGUAGAGAUUGUCACUAACUGUCAUGCUUUAAAAAGGGAAGAAACUGCUCAGCUUGCUGUACUUCAAACUACUACUGGAUCUUAUUUUGGAAGUAUGGUAGCCAGAUGAUAAAUAUGGGCUACUUCAUGUAAAACAGAGAAAAAAAGAAAGAAAAAAAUAUACAUGAAGAAUAGGAAGACCUACCAUAAUCCUUUGAAAAAGAUGUAUUACAUCAGCCAGAGGUGUUAUAUCUAUGCAAACCUACAAACAGUAAGUGUAUACUGUUGCACAAUUGUAAUAAAAGUUCGGG